AUGGCUCCUAUCGCAAUCUCGCCGGAGCGAGGCGUUCCCAAGCUGGACGACCUGACGGCUGCCUUUGACGACACCCUCCGUUUCUAUCUGAAUGGCACGCGUGUCGUCCUGGACGAGAUCGAUCCAGAGGUCACCCUACUGGAGUAUCUCAGAGGUAUCGGGCUGACGGGCACGAAGCUUGGCUGCUCAGAGGGAGGCUGUGGCGCCUGCACCGUCGUCAUCUCCCAGUACAAUCCAACCACCAAGAAGAUCUACCACGCCAGCGUCAACGCCUGCCUGGCACCGCUAGCUAGCGUCGACGGGAAGCAUGUCAUCACCAUUGAGGGCAUAGGCAACGUUAAGUCGCCUCAUCCUGCCCAGGAGCGCAUUGCCAAGGGUAACGGCUCUCAGUGUGGCUUCUGCACUCCAGGCAUCGUGAUGAGCUUGUAUGCCCUGCUGCGCAAUAACGAGGCACCCACCGAUGAAGAUGUCGAAGAGGCCUUUGACGGGAACCUGUGCAGAUGUACGGGGUACAGACCUAUCCUCGAUGCUGCGAGAAGCUUCAGUGUCACUGCUGGGUGUGGAAAGGCGACGAGUAACGGAGGUAGUGGCUGCUGUAUGGAAAAUGGGAAUGGCGGUGGCGGGUGCUGCAAGGGCAAGACGAACGGGAGUGUCGACGACGCUUCCGAUCAGCCCAUCAAGAGAUUCACCCCGCCAGGCUUCAUCGAGUACAACCCCGACACAGAGCUUAUCUUCCCGCCGGCGCUGAAGAAGCACGACUUUAGGCCUCUUGCGUUUGGCAACAAAAAGAAGCGAUGGUACAGACCAGUCACGCUGCAGCAACUACUCGAAAUAAAGAGCGUCCACCCAGAGGCCAAGAUCAUUGGCGGUAGCACCGAGACGCAGAUCGAGGUCAAGUUCAAAGCCAUGAAAUACCCUGCCUCUGUCUUUGUUGGCGACAUUCCCGAGCUCAGGCGGUACUCCUUCAACGACGACCACAUCGAGGUGGGGGGCAACGUCAUCCUGACAGAUUUAGAAGACAUCUGUCUCGAAGCGAUUCAGCACUACGGCAAGGAUAGGGCGCAGGUCUUUACAGCCAUGCACAAGCAGCUCAAGUACUUUGCUGGGCGACAGAUCCGAAAUGUGGGCACGCCAGCAGGCAACCUGGCCACAGCGUCGCCCAUCUCAGACCUCAACCCGGUAUUCACAGCGUCCGAAUCAGUGCUGAUCGCCAGAUCGGCAAGCGAAACGACCGAGAUUCCUAUGUCGGGAUUCUUCAAGGGAUACAGGCGGACGGCUCUCGCACCAGACGCUAUCAUCGCCUCGAUACGCAUUCCACUCACCCACCCUAAACGCGAGUUCUUCAGGGCAUACAAACAAGCCAAGAGGAAGGACGAUGAUAUCGCUAUCGUCACAAGUGCGCAGAGGGUACGACUUGAUGACGAUGGUGUUGUUGAGGAGGCCAACCUGGUCUACGGUGGCAUGGCGGCAUGGACCAUAGCCGCGAGACAGGCGAACGAGUUUCUGGUCGGUAAGAAAUUUGCCGACCUCGAGACGCUCGAAGGAGCCAUGAAUGCCCUAGAGAGAGACUUCAACCUGCCCUUCAGCGUGCCUGGUGGCAUGGCUUCCUAUCGAAGAGCCCUGGCACUGAGUCUUUUUUACCGUUUCUACCAUGAGGUGAUGCUUGGACUGGGCGACAGUGAGCAUAUGGAUGAGGAGGCCGUGGAUGAGAUCGAGAGGGAGAUCUCGACUGGGGAGACAGAUGGCACAGCGACGCUAGACUACCAACAGACUAUCGUGGGCAAGGCUAAUCCUCACCUUGCUGCACUGAAGCAGACAGUCGGCGAGGCACAGUACACCGAUGACAUACCAAAGCUCGCCAACGAGCUCUACGGCUGUCUUGUCCUCUCUACCAGGGCACAUGCGAAAAUCAAGUCGGUGGACUUCAGUGCCGCGCUCGAUAUCCCAGGUGUGGUGGACUACAUCGACCGCAGUGAUAUGCCGAGCGACGAGGCGAAUCACUGGGGUGCACCACACUUUCAAGAGGUAUUCCUGGCCGAGGAUGAGGUCUUCACAGCCGGCCAGCCCAUCGCCCUGAUCCUGGCCACCUCGCAACAAAAGGCAGUCGAGGGUAUGAGGGCGGUCAAGGUCGAGUACGAGGAUCUUCCUGCCGUCUUCACCAUCGAGGAGGCCAUCGAGAAGGAUAGCCUGUUCAACUUCUUUAGAGAGAUCAAGACUGGCGACCCGGAGGAGGCCUUCAAGAAGUGUGAUUAUACGUUCACCGGCGUGGCCAGGAUGGGCGGCCAGGAACAUUUCUACCUCGAGACCAACGCAUGUGUUGCGAUCCCGAAAGAGGACGGGGAGAUGGAGAUCUGGUCGAGCUCACAGAACUGCAAUGAGUCCCAAGCAUAUGCCGCCCGCGUCCUUGGCGAGAAAGCCAACAAGAUCGUUGUCAAGGUAAAGCGACUCGGCGGCGGCUUCGGCGGCAAAGAAACACGCUGUAUCCAGCUCAGCACGAUCCUCGCAUUGGCGGCUCAAAAGACGCGCAAGCCCGUCCGCUGCAUGCUCACUCGCGAGGAGGACAUGGUGACCUCUGGACAGCGGCACCCGUUCUUGGGCCGCUGGAAGCUGGGCGUCAACAAGAACGGAAAGAUCCAGGCACUCGACCUGGACAUAUUCAACAACGGAGGGUGGUCAUGGGAUCUCUCAGCUGCGGUGUGCGAGAGGGCCAUGACUCACAGCGAUGGUUGCUACAGGAUCCCCAACUUCCACGUCCGCGGGCGCAUCUGCAAGACGAACACGAUGAGCAACACGGCCUUUCGGGGCUUUGGUGGGCCGCAAGGCUUGUUCAUCGCCGAGUCUUACAUGAGUGAGGUCGCGGAUCGCCUCGGCAUACCGGUCGAGAGGUUCAGGGAGAUCAAUAUGUACAAGGCGGAGGAACCGACACAUUUCAACCAACCGCUGACGGACUGGCAUGUGCCACUCAUGUGCAAACAGGUCAUGGAGGAGACAGAGUACGAGAAGAGGAGGGAGGCGGUAGAGAAAUUCAACAAGGAGCAUAAGUGGCGGAAGCGAGGGCUGGCAUUGAUACCCACCAAAUUCGGCAUCUCCUUUACGGCCCUCUGGUUCAAUCAGGCCGGUGCCCUGGUCCACAUCUACCACGAUGGGUCUGUCCUAGUCGCUCACGGCGGCACAGAGAUGGGACAAGGCCUACACACAAAGAUGACCAUGAUCGCGGCCGAGGCGCUCAAGGUGCCUCUCGACACGGUCUUCAUUUCCGAGACGGCAACCAACACAGUGGCCAACGCCAGUGCGACGGCGGCAUCGGCCUCUAGCGACCUCAACGGGUACGCCAUCUUCAACGCGUGCGAGCAGCUCAACGAGAGGCUGGCACCGUACCGGGAAAAGCUGGGUCCAGAGGCGACGAUGAAGGAGCUGGCGCAUGCAGCGUAUUUUGACCGGGUGAACCUGUCGGCGCAGGGUUUCUACAAGACGCCUGAGAUCGGCUACACGUGGGGAGAGAACAAGGGCAAGAUGUUCUUCUACUUUACGCAGGGCGUGGCAGCGGCUGAGGUGGAGGUGGACACGCUCACGGGCGGUUGGACAUGCCUUAGGGCGGACGUCAAGAUGGACGUGGGUCGCAGCAUCAACCCGAGCAUCGACUACGGCCAGAUCCAGGGCGCCUUUGUCCAAGGGAUGGGCCUCUUCACCAUGGAAGAGAGCCUGUGGCUGCGCAAUGGACCAGCAGCGGGCAACCUCUUCACGCGGGGGCCGGGCGCGUACAAGAUUCCUGGGUUCCGCGACGUGCCACAGGUGUUCAAUGUGAGCCUGCUCAAAGGGGUCGAGUGGAAGGAUCUGCGGACGAUCCAGCGGAGCAGAGGCGUCGGCGAGCCACCGCUGUUCAUGGGGAGUGCCGUGUUCUUUGCGAUCCGGGACGCGCUCAAGGCGGCGCGAGCGAUGUAUGGGGUGCGGGCGAAGACAGUUGGGGAUGGGGAGGGAGAGGAGGAGGUCGGCAAGGCAGGUUGGCAAGGCGAGAACGAGGAUGGGUUGUUGAGGCUGGAGAGCCCUGCGACGAGCGAGAGGAUCAGGCUGGCUUGUGUGGACCCCAUCAUGGAGAGGGCGAGGGUAUUACCGAAGGAUGGGGAGAAGAAUUUCUUCAUUGCCAUUUGAAGAGUCGUUUUCGAGGUAUGGGCUGGGCUGAUCUUGGGCGUUGUGUAUUUAUGGAGUUCGAUAUACUGUGACACGUGUACGCAUGAAGUUCAGCAUAUUAUGAUGGGUUUCCCAGACAACAAUUUCAUCUUUCAUACAUAC